AUGUCUGGCUAUAAUUCCUUGCUCACACUGUCUGGUUCCGAAAUCUGGGGAUACCGCCUGUCUCAGCUAGUUGGAUCGGGCUCAUACGGAGCCGUCUAUAGAGCUUCUUCUGGAUCUGACACUAUUGCAGUCAAAAUAUCUUGUGAAGAACAGGAUUUGGCGAUCGAGGCUUUGACUCUUCAGCUUUUUUACUACCGUAACGCGGUACCAAAAUUCCAUUUCUGUAACAAAUACGGACCCUAUCACACUAUCGGCAUGGAACUUCUAAGUCACGACAUGGAUUCGAUCUGGCAGAAAGUCGAUUGGAUGGCUUUUGAGCGUCCGACUCUGAUCAAAUUUAUCUACCAAGCUUUGACGUGCUUGGAGGCCGUCCACGCAUUGAAGAUUGUGCAUCGGGAUGUCAAACUAUCCAAUUUCGCCAUCACCCAGCCAAGGACACCUGGGAAUCAAGUCUCUGUGCGAAUCCUCGAUUUUGGAUUAUCACACGUUUAUGCCGAUGCCGAUGGGAACCUUCGUGAUGACUCCAGGAGUUUCGACUUCUCGAAGAUGAAGUAUGCAGCUUACGAUGCCAGUUUAGGGUGUGAUCCGAUGCCCAAAGAUGACAUUUGCCAACUCGGUUACGCGGUGAUGUACGCCGCUGGAUUUGACUUCGCCCAGCAACUGAAGCUGCCUGCAGACGAUCUCUCGAAUUGGAAGGGGGAAUUGAUUCGUGACCCAGCCAACAAUUUGCCACUUUCCGUAAAGUUCAUGCUCCCUUUUUUCGAAUUAGUCGCUGAUCUCAACGAUGUCGUCCCAAUAAAGUAUGAUCUUCUCAAGCAACGCAUCCAGGAAUGCUUGCCUGAGGUCGAUGCUACUUGUGAUUCGAUCUUAUCGGAGGAAAAUGGAAAACUCACACUCACCUGA